AUGGUCUCGCUUCAAUCCUUGUGCGUCAUCCUUGCCCUUUAUGGGCUCGGAAUUCAGGCAGCACCAUCCCAAGAAGCACCGGCAGUCGAGAAUCAUGAAGUCUAUAUCUUAGACCUAGUUCGCAAUGGUACAGUCACGGAUAGUGGCACUGUCAAUGCGACAUACAAGCACUCAUUGCCUCAACCGAACCGGGAUGACCACUUCGAGGUUGAUGGCAUUACCUUCUACAAGUUCCCAAAAGGAGGAGUCGCCGUCCCUUCUGGUUUCUGGGAUGAACGUGACAUCUCUAUCCACAAUGCAACCAACUCCUCCAGCCUAGAGCCCAGACAGAGCUCUAUUACUGCGUGCGAACCUUGUAAAUGCGUUUACAAUGAGCAGUCAGGGGCAACACGCAUCAGAUCUCCGACAGCCUCUGCCCGCCUGGUAGCAUUUCGAAGACUUAUACCAAGUCAUACUCUUACCAAGUUUCCGUCCAAGCAGGUCCAGACUUGGAAGGCUGUGGCAACUUCUUACGGCGUCUCAUGGACCACGCCAGGUCAACAACACCCUUUUAUUGAAACAUUCCGGCCAAACAUUUUUGUGGCGAAUAGAAUUGCUCGAGUCUGUCUCCCCUUUGCCUAG